UUGUCGGAGUACAUUCCUCCCCUUCUGUUUGGGAAGCAGCCCCCCCAGGCAUGGGUCACCAUGGUAACGCAGCACAUGCAGCAGGUCCAGACCCUCAACCCGCACCAGGCCAAAGCUCAGUUUCUGGGUCUGGUCAGUGCGUUCCCCAUGUUUGGCUCCUCCUUCUUCUACGUCCAGUCUAGCAGCAGUGGCUCCAUCUACGCUCCCUGUAUCCUGGCUGUCAAUCAAAAUGGACUGCACUUUCUCAACAAGGACACUCACGAGCUGCAGACAGUGGUCCCCCUGGCGGAGGUGCAGUCUACCCGCACCCAGAGACCCUCGUCCGGGACCAGCUACCCCUACGUAGACCUCACUCUGGGAGAUCUGACCACUCACAGAGUCACGCAGAUACAGCUCAAACAGGGAUUGGAACUGUGUCGUGUCAUUGCCAUGCACGUGGAGAACAUGCUGUCACUCAGGGAGAAGAGAUUCACCCUGCCACCCAGCGAGGUCACUGUGUUAUAAGACACUGUCUGUCUGUCUCUCAGGGAGAAGAGACUCACCCUGCCACCCAGGGAGGUCACUGUGUUAUAAGACACUGUCUGUCUCUCAGGGAGAAGAGAUUCACCCUGCCACCCAGAGAGGUCACUGUGUUAUAAGACACUGUCUGUCUCUCAGGGAGAAGAGACUCACCCUGCCACCCAGAGAGGUCACUGUGUUAUAAGACACUGUCUGUCUGUCUGUCUCUCAGGGAGAAGAGACUCACCCUGCCACCCAGAGAGGUCACUGUGAUAUAAGACACUGUCUGUCUGUCUGUCACUCAGGGAGAAGAGACUCACCCUGCCACCCAGGGAGAAGAGACUCAC